AUGGCCGAGCUUGCAGAGGCCUCUGCGAUUAUGAUGACCCCGCGCUCGAACCACGCACUUGCUGCUCGUAGGAUUGCCCGGAAGAAGAGGUGCAUUGCUCGUGGACCCAAUAGCAGCAACAACGCCCAGAACGCCCCUUCAAACUCUGUCCAGGCUGCCCCCGCGCCGGCUCCUACGCAACAUACGCCUCCUCCUCCUCCUCCUGCUCCUCAAGGAAACACGGCUGGGAUUACCUCUGCCCCGGAUAACCGCUGUGGAAAGAACGCGACCCCCAACGUUCAGUCCUGGACGGGCCCUAAUGGCUCUGCUGAUUACCUCACGUGUGGCAUCCGCGAUAGUGGUUGGGAGCCACCCAUGAUGACCUUGGAUAACGCUGUCAUUAAGAGUCUUGAUGAGAUCUUGAGCAUGCCAGGGAAUCCUCUGGCCCCGUGCACAAAUCUCCUUGGUGACUUCAACGCCGUCGCCGCAUCUCAUGGUGUCCCAGCCGCUCUCUUGGCUGCCAUUGCUCUCCAAGAGUCGACCUGCCGUUCGGGUGUCAUUGGUCGUAAUGGCGAAGUCGGACUCAUGCAACUCACGCCUGACAAGUGCGUCAACGACGGACGCUGCUGGUAUGACCGAGGAAAUAUCGAGAUGGGUGCUGAAGUGUUCAAAAACUUCCUGAAUGCUGCUGGUGGCAACAUGCUUUUGGCUCUCGGCAGCUACAACGGCUGGGUCAAAUUCAUGACGGUCGCUGAUGCAAACAACAAGCCUACGUGCGGUCAACGCAAUAACCUUGACUACCUCAUGAACGUCAUGAAUGGCUACCUCCAGGGUGUCGACCCAGCCAGCGUUAACAUGGGCACCUUCUUCAACUUGUGCUAA